AUGUCCCGCACAACUAUUUUGAUUAAUAUAAUUAAAGGUUUACGACCAGCAUUUGCUGAAGGGGCACCUGAAUGCUACAUUCAAUUAGAGAAACAAUGUGUAAAUGCUGAUGCUCUCCCAUGGAAAGUAUUCGG